UAUGAAUAAGGUAGUGUAAUUCUUUCUUUUACUUUUCCUCUCAUUCUUUUAAUUUUUAAUUAUUUUUUCUAUUUUCCCUCAUUCUCCCUCCCAUUUCGUGUUCUACAUUCUUCUUCCCUUUCUCCUAUUUCCGGCGCUCCGCCGUCUUCACUCCGCCCCUGCCGCCACCAUCCCGGAACACCCACCCUGUUGGGCUCGCCGCCUUGACCCGAUUUGGAACCUGUUCCAGAUCGGCUGCUCGUCCACAACUUCACAAUCGAGAUCAGAUUUUGAGUAUAAUCGGAGGAAAAGAUGGAUAUAAUAUCUCAAUUGCAAGAGCAGGUUAACACAGUAGCAUCUCUUGCCUUCAACACAUUUGGGACGCUUCAAAGGGACGCGCCGCCGGUUCAGCUGUCGCCCAACUACCCGGAGCCUCCUGCUAAUCCCCCUGUCGAAGACGCCGCUAAUCUCGCCGAACAGCCAAAACUUCUUAGCUCUGAAUUGGUCAAAGCAGCCAAGCAGUUUGAUGCUUUGGUUGCUGCACUUCCAUUAGCUGAGGGCGGUGAAGAAGCUCAGCUACAAAGAAUCGUAGAACUCCAGGCUGAAAAUGAUGUCAUCGGGCAGGAACUUCAAAAACAACUGGAAGCUGCUGAAAAGGAGCUCAGGCAAGUCCAGGAGUUGUUUGGCCAAGCAGCGGAUAACUGCUUGAACUUAAAGAAGCCUGACUGAUGUGAAGGGUAGUGGUAUUCUGUUGAGGAUAAUCGCCCAUGGAGUUUUUACUUCUCAGCACCUGGCUGCCAAUGUAAAAGUUUAUUUCUUCAUAUUUUUAUCUUUAAAAGCUUGUCUUCUGCUUUAGGAAUAGGGUGUUUUUUCUUCUUUUUCAUGCGCCGUGUAUCAAUUCGAACUCUGAUAAAAAAAUUUGGGUACUUAUAAAAUAAAAUUGUUACCUCGUUUCUGUUUA